AUGAAGAUAGAUCUUAUUGUCAGAAAUAUCAUGUCUGGCUCUAUAGAUUAUUUGAGAGAAGCGUACAUUGCGCAAUUGGCCGUUAAAAGAGCAGCUUUGCUCACUUGUAAAGUCAGCGAAGAGCAUCUGAAAGGGAUCUCAAAGGAAGACAGUUCACCAGUUACCAUUGGUGAUUUCGGUGCACAAGCAAUUGUCAUUAAUGCGAUUUUGAAGAACUUCCCCCAAGAUGAAGUUGUUGGUGAGGAAGACUCAACGUUGAUUAAGGAGAAAAAAAUUGAAAAAUUGAUUUUAAACGAAGUCAAUUCAGUGCAAUUGAAAGAUUCAGCUAAUAAUAACUUACUGGGUCGGCUUGAAUCUCCAGAAGACCUAUGUGAUACCAUUGAUAAAGGAAAUUCCAAAGGAGGCAGAUACGGCAGAAUUUGGGCAUUGGACCCAAUCGAUGGUACUAAAGGCUUCUUAAGAGGCGACCAAUAUGCUGUUUGUUUAGGUCUUAUUGUUGAUGGUGACGUUAAGGUUGGUGUUAUUGCAUGUCCCAAUCUACCACACUCAUUGCGUGAUGCAUCUUCUCCUAAGGGUGGUUUAUUUACCGCAAUUAAGGGUCAGGGUUCGUUUUUCCAAGAUUUGUAUUCCAAUGUCACAUUCCCACUGAAUAAGUCUAAUAAAAUGAGUGUCCACAACGAGUACGGGUUAGAUCAAACUAGGGUUCUGGAAGGUGUUGAGAAAGGUCAUUCAUCGCAUGGACUACAGGGUAUGAUAAAGGAACAACUGAAAAUUUCCCAGCCGUCAGUUAAUUUGGAUUCCCAAGCAAAAUAUUGUGCCCUUUCAAAGGGUGAUGCUGAAAUUUACCUAAGAUUGCCAAAAGACCCCGAUUAUAGAGAAAAAAUUUGGGAUCAUGCAGCUGGCUACUUACUUGUCAAGGAAAGUGGCGGUCUGGUUACAGACAUCUUUGGAAAUGAUCUUGAUUUCGGAUAUGGCAGGACCUUAAACAGUCAGGGUGUUAUUGCUGCGACUAAAGCUGUUCAUCCAGCAAUUAUAUCAACUGUUAAAAACAUAGUUGGUGAAAAUGGCGAAAAGCUUGCCGAGUAUUGUUAG